AUGCCUUUCUUCUUGGGUGAUGGCAGUGAAUGCAUGGCUAUGGGCAAUAAGAUUCCUGGCUGGGCCAGUAUGGGUGCACUCUUUAGGAUUGUCUUGUAGUCUGCAGAGCAGGUCUGUCUCAGGAAGCCUGUAUAAAGAGGGAGAUGUGAUCAUUGGAGGUUUAUUUGCCAUUCACGCUAAAGCCCCAGAACCUGAUUAUAUAUUCAGAGAAAAAGUACCAGCAGGCCAUUGUUAUGGUCUUAACCCACGAUUAUACCACUGGCUAAAGACAAUGGUCUUCACAGUGGAGGAAAUAAACCGGGACCCAUACCUGUUGUCCAAUUUUACACUGGGCUACUUGGCUGCAGACACUUGUCUGAAUGAGGCUGGUGCUCUGAAUGCUGCACUGUUGUUAGUGACUGGAAAAGAGGAGGUAGUGUCUGGAGAGUGUACCAGGGCUCCCACUGUGCCUGUCAUAAUUGGCGAUUCUCUUUCAGCUUCUUCAAUCGUGCUGGCUGAUACACUAGGUGUUUUUGGCAUCCCCAUGGUCAGCUACUAUGCUUCCUGUGCAUGUCUUAGUGACCGCAAAAGGUUCCCCACUUUCAUGCGCACUAUUCCUAGCAAUGCCUUCCAGGCUAAAGUGGUUGCCCGCCUGCUGCAUCUGAUGGGCUGGUCCUGGGUGGGGGUUAUCUACGGAGAUGAUGCCUAUGGGGAAAGCAGCGUGCAGUUGUUGAUGAAUGAAGUGCAGGGUUCAGACGUGUGCAUGGCAUACAAGGAGAUUAUCCCCAAAACAUACACAGUAAGCAAGCUUGGACAAAUUGUAGAGAAAAUCCAGAGCUCCAAGGCUCAGGUGGUGGUGAUCUUUGCCAUUCCUGCAGAAGUACAAGCGUUGCUAAAAGAAGCAUUUAGGAGGAAUGUCACAGAUAAACAGUGGAUUGCCCCUACAGCCUGGAGCACUGCAGGCGCCUUUACUGCAUGGAGCGGCAUCUCGUUAGUGGGCACUAUUGGAAUAGCGUUACGAAGCGUUGAGCUCCAAGGUCUAAGAUCCUAUUUGACUAAUCUCAGCACAGAGCAUUACCCAACAGAGAAGCUGGAACAGAACAUCUGGGAGGAGGCAUUUGGUUGCAAAUUUGUCACAGAUAGCCAAUCAGGACUUUUAAAACCACAGUGCUCAAACUUGAAAAUUCAAGUUCAGACAGUUGAGUUUGACGGCAUGUAUAAUGUUUAUAAGGCUGUGUAUGCUGUUGCACAUGCUAUUCAAGACAUGUUGAACUGUGAGCCAGGCAAAGGACCAUUCAAGAAUGGAGAGUGUCCUGAGAUAAAACCAAUAAUACCUGAACAGCUUCUGCACUACCUAAAGGCAGUAAACUUUACAACAACAACAGGUGAACAGGUCUAUUUUGAUGACAAUGGGGAUCCAGCUGGUUCAUAUGACAUUGUUAACUGGCAAAUAGGGCCUGGAGGAAAAGUGGACAUUGUCAAUGUUGGCAGUUUUGAUUCAUCAAGAGGACCAGAUCAAGACUUGCAACUGGACAUCCAGAAUGUAGUCUGGGGAGGAGGCUGGGGCAAAAAGGUGCCGGUGUCUGUGUGCAGUGAGAGCUGUCCCCCGGGUACCAGAAAGGCUGUGCAGGAUGGAAAGCCGAUCUGCUGCUUUGACUGUAUUCACUGUGCAGCAGGGGAGAUCAGUAAUACUACUGGCUCCACAGAGUGUAUAAAGUGUCCACGCCGGUUCUGGUCCAACACUGAUCGGACAGAAUGCAUCCCAAUGACAGUGGAGUUUCUGUCCUUUCAGGAUGACAUGGGCAUCAUCCUCGCUGCACUGUCUGUUGCUGGGGCAGCACUUACUGGAACAGUCCUCACUGCCUUCUUCCGUCAUCGAGAUACACCCCUGGUCCGCGCCAAUAACUCAGAGCUGAGCUUUCUGCUGCUGCUCUCACUCAAACUCUGCUUCCUGUGUGCUCUGGCUUUCAUUGGCCGUCCAGCUCCUUGGUCCUGCAUGCUGCGUCAUACUCUGUUUGGGAUCAGUUUUGUGGUGUGUCUGGCCUGUGUGCUCAGUAAGACCGUGGUGGUUCUGGUUGCAUUCAGAGCAACUCUGCCUGGAUCAAACUUAAUGAAGUACUUUGGUCCUCUUCAGCAGAGAGCAGGUAUCUUCUUCUGUACGAUGGUGCAGGUGGGGAUCUGUGUGCUGUGGCUGGCACUGGCACCACCUCUACCCACAGAAACUGCAGGAGGUGAGCUUGGAGCUCGGGUGGUAGAGCUCUGUGCGGUGGGCUCUGUGGUGGGCUUCUCCCUGGUUCUGGGCUACAUCGGAUUGCUGGCUUCCGUCUGCUUUCUGCUGGCCUUUUUUGCUCGGAAGCUUCCAGAUACUUUCAAUGAGGCCAAAUUCAUCACCUUCAGCAUGCUGAUCUUCUGUGCUGUGUGGAUCACCUUUGUUCCAGCAUACGUCAGCUCUCCGGGGAAGUACACUGUGGCUGUGGAGGUCUUUGCCAUCUUGGCCUCAAGUUACGGCCUUCUACUGUGCAUCUUUGCCCCAAAGUGUUAUAUUAUCUUAUUUAGGCCAGAGAGGAAUUCUAAAAAGAGUGUGAUGGCCAAAUAGUAAACAUAGUGUUUCCUCUCUGCGUACUUUCUGUUACAAAAGAAAAAAGGUCUAUUAAGACUAAUCAUUUUUGCUGCAUAAUUACGUUCCUUUAGUGCAAGGACGCUCAGUUCUAGUCCUAGAGGGGUACCACCUGCAGAGUUCAUAUCCAAUCAUCCUCAAAAAUUCAGAUGCCACUCCCUGCUUCCAUUCACUUCUCCAUUUGAUUUGUUUUAGAAUUGGAUGUCUAAAUUGAUGAAGGCUGAAGGAUCACUAGGAUACUCAACCUUGUCAAGAAGUUUUAGUUCUCAUAAUGGUGACAUUUGAACAAAAUGCUUUCUUACUAUAUUCAGUAAAAUAUAAACACAUGUAAAUGUAUUAAAUAUGUAAAUAUAUGUUAAAACACACAAAGAUGUACACAAAGA